GUACUCUCACUCCAAGAUCUUCUCUUUUGUUCUCAUCUUCCUCUUCUUCUUCUUCUAUCUGAGAAUCUUCUCAAGAUCUGUUUCAGGGCCUUCUUUUCCUUAAUCUCAUAACUUGCUCCGUCAAACAUUUAUUCACAUUUCCAGAUCUUUCAUUCCUCCAUCAACGAAUGUACUUGGCGGCAUUGUUGUCCUUAACCCACAGUUGUAGCUGAACAUGCUUAUUUUGCUUCUAUUGCGGCGUUGAAGCCAUGCAAUCGGCUGGUUCGAGCAGAGGAGGCAUUGAUGAACUCUUUCAACGAGGAAAAGGACUUCAUCGAAACCCUAGUCUCAUCCGUUGGGUCUCCGGCCUGGCAUUGGGGACUGGGUGGGUGUGUUAGUUUCAGAGGAUGAUGGUUAUGGGUUCUGGCUUGAGAAGAAAAAAAUGUCAACUUUGCUUCUUCUUCUGCUGCUGCUGCUGCUGCUGCUUCCACAGAUACUCGCUUUAACUUCCUCAGCUUCUGGUAUUUCAUAUUUGCACAAGAUUUUUCAUUCUGUAGCACCACUGCCAAGUCGGUCAUUAUUCAGAGCUAUUAUCCUGGAUCAUGGUAAAGGAAAUACCUUAUUAAUGACCCCAUCAUUUUCUCCAUCAGUGUCACCCCAUGUGCCAAACUUCCAGCCUUCUUCUGAGCCACCAUCACCUGCUUGUGCUCCCGCUCCACUACGUCAAGGUCUUCAAAGACACCUCCAUCAUCAUCAUCACAGGAGGCCUGUUUUAGUUACCCCGGCUUCUUCUACUGGAGGAGGUGGCUGUAACCAAAUAUGUGUAGAUCCACUUACUUCGACUCCGUUUGGUUCUCCAUGUGGCUGUGUGUUCCCUAUGAAAGUUAAGCUUCUUUUAGAUGUGUCUCUUUAUGUUGUCUUUCCUGUAGUAAAUGAGCUGGAGCUGGAGGUAGCUGCCGGAACAUAUUUACUGCAAAGUCAAGUAAUUAUAAAUGGUGCAAAUGCUGAUAGUCAAAACCAGGAGAGAACAAUAGUGGACAUCUAUUUGGUCCCUCUGGAGGAUAAAUUUGAUAAUAUUACUGCCAUGUUGACAUAUGAGAGGUUUUGGCAGAAGAAGGUGCCUUUAAAUAAGACCCUGUUCAGAAAUUAUGAAGUUAUCUCUAUAAGUUAUCCAGGGCUUCCCUCUUCGCCACCUGGUGGAGGUUCCACGGAUAGUGGUCCAAAUGGGAGUCCUGGAAAAGGGCAAUUCCCAAUUAGUGCAGAUUUUGUCAAGAAGGGCGAAAAGUUGAAUUCCAGAACAAUUUCUAUUAUUGCAUUAUCUGGUGUGAUAUUGUUGGUGGUCUGUUUUGGAGCUAUUUUUAUCCUCUUAAAAUGGAGGGCUGGAAUAUCGUCUAAUGCCAUUGGACCUGUCUUAACACCAUCUACAAAUAAGAGGCAUGGAAUAGGGUUUACCUUAUCGAGCAGCAUGGGAAGCUCCACAUCAGUAUCCCUCAUUUCCGCCAUGCCUACUUCUGCUCUCUCAGUUAAAAUGUUUACCCACUUAGAGCUUGAGAAAGCAACAGAUAAGUUCAGCUUGCAAAGGGUUUUGGGGGAAGGAGGGUUUGGACGUGUUUUUCUUGGGAUAUUGGAAGAUGGAUCAAAUGUUGCUGUUAAACUACUAACAAGAGAUAAUCAGGAUGGGGAUCGUGAAUUUAUUGCAGAAGUAGCGAUACUAAGCCGAUUACACCAUCGUAACCUUGUUAAACUCCUUGGCAUAUGUUUCGAAGAGCGCAUCCGCUGCUUAGUUUAUGAACUGAUACCUAAUGGCAGUGUUGAAGCCCAUUUACAUGGCACGGACAAGAAGGAAUCUCUUGACUGGGAUACAAGAUUGAAGAUUGCUCUAGGUGCUGCCAGAGGAUUGGCCUAUCUUCAUGAAGAUUCUAAUCCUCGUGUUAUACACCGAGAUUUCAAGGGGAGCAAUGUCUUACUAGAAAAUGAUUUCACACCUAAAGUAUCCGAUUUCGGGUUGGCAAGGGAAGCCACAGAAGGGAGUCAUCACAUUUCCACUCGGGUCAUGGGGACUUUCGGGUACGUUGCUCCUGAAUAUGCAAUGACUGGGCAUCUACUGGUGAAGAGCGAUGUGUACAGUUAUGGUGUUGUGCUUUUAGAGCUACUUUCGGGUAGAAAACCCGUGGACAUGUUUCAACCUCCAGGGGAAGAGAAUCUGGUCACUUGGGCUCGGCCUUUGCUGGGAAGCAGAGAAGGAUUAGAGAAGUUAGUGGAUCCCUCCUUAGCUGGAAGCUACGACUUCGAUGACAUGGCGAAAGUAGCAUCAAUCGCCUCCAUGUGUGUUCACACAGAAGUGAGCCACAGGCCUUUUAUGGGCGAAGUUGUUCAGGCGCUGAAACUCAUAUACAACGAUGCUGCUGCUGACGAUACUUGCAAAGAGUCCUCACAUCGUGACUCCGAUUCUAAAGGUGAUUUAAUCCCUUCAGAUAGCAGCUGGGGAAAUGCUGGUGGGCACACUUCAUCUUUGAUAACAAUGGAGUACAGUUCGGGACCACUUGAGGUAACAGACCGAUCAUUUUCAGCUUCUGGGUUGAGCAAUAGAUCCGGUCCUUUGAGGACAGUUAGGAGCAAGAGGAUGUUUUAUCGAUUGAAAGGAAGUAUUAGCGACCGUGGUGGACUACUUCUGUCUAGGUAUGCUCCGAAAGACCUAGAAGCUUCCUUUUAGAACGUUUUCAGGAGUUUGUUGUACAGUAAGUAAUCAAUGAUCUUGGUGGGGGUAAUAUAGAAGUUUUCAGUUGGGAUAAUAGUAAGGGAAUGGAUGGGAUGGGAAUGAGAUGGUCUGAUUUAGAUGUUUAAUUUAAAUUU